UUUUUGAUAUAAUGCGGACAAAUUUUAUUUGAUGCUCUUUGGUAAAUGUAUGAGAAAUGACAUUCACUCUUGAUGUGGUUCUUUGAUUUAUUAUUAUUUUAAUAUACAGUUUCCUGUGUUUUAUUUUCAUGAGUAGCUAUAUUAUCUUAGCACGUUGUAGACUUACGUUUCGUAUGUUUGUUUACAUUUCAUCAAACACCUUUUAAAUCGCUUUUCUUCAAUGGACUUUCUGAAAAUACAAUUCACUUGCAAGAUGAUGAGCUUCAAUAAUUCUUUGCCAAAUGAAAUCUGCUAUAAAAUUAUCUCCUAUAUAGACUUCCCCAGCCUGUACAAUUGCCUAACAGUGAGUCCGGUAUGGUGCCAAUAUAUCUUACCAACUAUAUGGGAAAAGCUGGUCUUCAAAACAUUGCCUGAAUUCCAGAGAUUCUUAGAAAUUAUAAAAACAUAUGAAAAUGCCAGAAACUACUGCCUACACUCUAGAAAACUAAACCUCUCGUAUGUGAGCGACUUCGUUACAGAUGAACAUUUAUUAUUGUUGCUAAAAUCCAAGAAUCUUUCAAGGAUUAAUUUGUCUGGCUGUACUAGAUUAACCGAUAACACGCUUAGUACUAUAGUUCUAAAUAAUUUGAACACAGUGGUUUUGGAUUUGAGCGGAAUUCCCAGUCUAUCAUGGAAAACUAUGUUAGCUGCUCUACCAAAGUUAAAGAAGUUGAAAACGUUGUCACUUUCCCAAUGCGUUCUUCUUGAUGACUCACAACUGAAAGAGACAUUAGUGCAUUGCAAGCAUUUAAAAAAACUUAAGUUAAACAAUUGCAUAUCUUUAACGGAAAAAACCCUGCAAACACUAAGUGAACAUGGCGACUUAACAGAAUUGGACAUCAGUGGUUGCAUAAAUAUGAAAGAUCCAUCUGUAUUAAUUAAAGUACUUAUGAAACACAAAAAUUUGAAAGAAUUGAAUAUGUCAGGCUGUUUCUAUCUGACUAGUUUCAUUGAGUACUACAGCUUCCCAUCAAAAUUAUGCUCCCUGAGAAGUCUUAAUUUGACUGGUCUUUCAGAGCUUUCAAACCAUCAUGUCCUCAAAAUUUGUGAAUAUUUUCCAAGAUUACAAAUUUUAUAUUUAACCAAGUGCAAUAAAAUCACAGAUGCGGCCUUGACUGGUAUCUCAUACCUGAAAACAUAUCUUACCUCCUUACAUCUUGGCCAUUGUAAUGAAGUAAGUGAUUUAGGAAUUACAAGAGUCUUAAAGUCAUGCAGAAACCUUACUUAUGUUGAUUUUGGAGGAUGUUUUCGGUUGACAGACCAGUCCGUUGCUGAAAUAGCUAAACUUCCUCGCUUACAAAGGGUUGGCCUAGUCAAGUGCAUAUUUUUAACAGACAUUUCUAUAAUCCAUCUUUCUAAUUGCAGCUCAAGAUUUCUUGAACGCAUCCAUCUUUCUUAUUGUACCGGUUUGACAGCAAAGUCAAUAAGUUAUUUAAUGAUCAAUUGCAGAAAUCUUAAACAUUUGAGUGUAACUGGUAUAGGCUCAAUUCUGUGCACUGAGCUUCGUGCCUUUUCUCGACCCAUUCCCAAAGAAAUCAAUCCAUCUCAAGUACCUAUUUUCUGUGCAUUCACAAGAGAGGAAAUUGAAUUGUUUAGAAAUUACAUAAAUCAGAAAUUAAUUUAAAUACCGAGUCCACCUUUCAUUUGUAGAAUUUUAAUUUUAUUUUACGUCGCGUUCUUUUCUUA